AUGAACAAACAACCCAUACUUGAUAUAAAACUAGUCUCUAUAGGCCAAAUAGUAUCCAAGUUGCAUUAUAGGGUGAACUCAAGAGAAUGGUGGAUUAUGAGAAGUGACAGCAGUGAUCUAGAAAAUGGAACACUACUUUAUCCUAUUCGAAAUGAAAUUAGUGAAAUACUGCCAGGGUAUAGGUGUCAUUCUGGCAGUAAAUUUAGUGAUAUUGAAACAGCACUGAGUUAUGCUAUAACAAGUUUAUAUCAGCAACUUUUUUCUAAUUCAAAGAUAAAAUUUUCCAGACCUCUUGUUUUAGGUUGGGAUGAUAAUGAAUUACUGAAAGCCUCAUUAAAAGAUCUCUAUUUUCAAGCAUUCGCUAUUAAGAUAGAUAGUAAGAUUUUGAUGUAUAUUACAAAUAUAGGCGUUGGCAAACAAAAAAAUACAAUAGAAAGUUAUAUUGCAUCAUUUAUCAAAGUAUGGAAAAAUGAAGGGUUUACAGAAAAUAUCGUGAUACACAAACUGUUUGGUUUAGAAUAUCCAAUGAUGCAAAAGACUAUUAACGCACAACAAAUUCCUACAUGCUCGCCCACAUUUUGGAAUAAUGAAAUACUUAUGGAUAAUAUUUUUAAUUAUCAUUUGAGAAAACGAACACUUAGUAAUAUUAAUUAG